UUUUUCCUCAUUGCAUUAUUUCUUUGAAGUUCCAAGAUGCCUGCCAAGAAAAGAGCUCCUGCCGGGAAGGAAAAUGCUAAACCUGCUGAGUCCGAACCCGAACAGGAAGAAAGUCAAAGCGAAGGCGAACAAGAAAAGCCAGCAGCAGAAACCGCCAGUACAGGGAUUAAAAAAAUGCGCGGUCGUCCUAAAGGAAUGCCUGGCGAGAAAACAAAACCAAAGCGCAAAAGUGUCGAGAGCUACGGCUCGUACUUGUACAAGGUCCUUAAACAAGUUCAUCCCGACAUCGGCAUCAACAAGAAAGCCAUGGGCAUCAUGAACUCUUUCGUUAACGACAUGUUUGAGCGGAUAGCAGGAGAAGCCGCCAGACUCGCUAUGAUGAAUCAUCGACGGACGAUCACUUCUCGAGAGGUCCAGACCGCAGUAAGACUUAUUUUACCCGGAGAGCUGGCGAAACACGCGGUUAGCGAGGGGACCAAAGCCGUCGCCAAAUACUCAGCGAGCACUUGAUUGGAUUCCAAGAUUGAAAUUGAAUCGAAAAGUUGGUAGGACUUAGUUAUUUAUGGGACGCAUCUAUAAAAAAAUGUAGAUAUAGCAUUAACGUGUGAAUAUUUGUAAAUCUUGAACAAAGGAAUAUGUAAAUAGGCAUAUAUUUUAUUAUAGUUACUUUAACUUUUGUAGCAUAUUUGUAUUAAAGAAGUUUGUUAUCACGUA